AGGCGCCAACAAAGACUAAUUCAGGAGCAGCUUCACAAACCUGCCGUCUGCACGCACAUCAUCCAACAGUACAUUACAGCUUAGUUUAUUUCACGCAUUAAAAUGCCAGAAGAAACAGCAGCUGCUUCAACUGCCGAAAGUAUGGCGGAGAAGCCUUGCUCGUCCAGCGCUGCAGACAGCUCCGUCGAUGUUUCUGAGGAAGCAAAGAAGCUGGUUGGCACCGGCAACCGGCACUUAGUGAUGGGUGAUGUUGUGUCUGCAGUGAGUGUGUUCCAGGAGGCUUGUGCCAUGCUAGCUGAAAAGUAUGGAGACACUGCUGAUGAAUGUGGUGAAGCUUUUUUCUUGUGUGGGAAAGCCCUUCUGGAGCUUGCUAGGAUGGAGAAUACAGUGCUUGGUAAUGCUUUAGAGGGAGUCCCAGAAGAAUCGUCUGAAGAAGGCGAGAAACAGAAUGACUCUAAAAUUGAAAGCGCAGACAACUUGGAUGAGAAAACCAGAGAUGAGCUUCGAGCACAGGUUUAUGAUGCCAUGUCAGAGGACAAAACUCAGUCAGAGGUCGAAAAAGAGGUGGGGGAAGGUGAGCAGAAGAUCCAAGAAGUUAAGGAGAAGCAGGAGAAGGUUAAUGAGUCAAAGGAAGGGGAUGCAGCAUCACCUAAAACUAAGAAACCAGCUGAACAUGAGGCAAAACCUGCUCAAGAUGAGGAGAAACCAGGUGAACAUGAGGCAAAACCUGCUCAAGAUGAGGAGAAACCAGCUGAACAUGAGGCAAAACCUGCUCAAGAUGAGGAGAAACCAGCUGAACAUGAGGCAAAACCUGCUGAAAAUGAGGAACCUGCCGAAAAAGUUGAGAAGUCAAAAGCUGUGGAUGAAAGCGCUUCUAAAAAGGAAGAUGUCACUGUGUCAAAUGAAGUUACUGAAAAGGGUGAUGAGGAGAAAAAUGGAAAUGAAGAGAAUGAAGGACCCAUGGAAGAUGGAGAUGAGGAUGAAGAUGAUGAUGAUGAUGAGGAGGAGGAGGAUGCAGAAGGUGACACAAAGGAUAAGGACAGUGAGGAGGAUGAAGUUGGAAACCUGCAGUUGGCCUGGGAGAUGCUUGAGGUUGCAAAGGUGAUUUAUAAAAGAAAAGACUGCAAAGAAGAUCAGCUAAUGGCGGCACAGAUUUACCUGAAACUUGGAGAAGUUGGAGCUGAAUCAGGUAACUACAGCCAGGCUCUGGAGGACUUCAAUGAGUGUUUAACCUUGCAGCUGAAACACCUUCCCUCUCAUAGUCGUCUUCUGGCUGAGACUCAUUACCAGUUGGGCACAACUUACAGCUACACAGCCCAGUACAGCCAAGCCAUUGAGCACUUCUCCAACUCCAUCAAAGUCAUCGAGAGCCGUCUUGCUAUGAUUCAGGAGGUAAUAGACAAGGCGGAAGGUGCAGAGGCAGCAAAGGAAGAGAAGAGUGAGCUUGAGGAGUUGAAACAGUUACUGCCAGAAAUUGCUGAGAAGAUUGAAGAUGCUAAGGAGAGCCAGAGGACGGCUGCUGCAGCAUCUGAGGCCAUCCAUCAGACUCUUGCAGGAGCGUCCACCUCAUCUGCAUUCCCAGCUGAAAAUGGUGGCCCGUCCUCAUCUACUGCUAGUCAGAUUCCUGUGAGGCCAGCUGAUGGUGCAUCUUCCUCAAAAUCUGCAUCUGACAUUUCUCACCUUGUUCGCAAAAAGAGGAAACCAGACGAGGAGAGUCCAAGAAAGGACAGUGAUGCUAAAAAGAAUAAACAGGAGACUUCAGUUAAUGGCAGUGAUGACUCUGCCCACAACGGCAAUGGAGUCCAGGAGAAAAUGGAGCAGGAGUCAGCCAAUUCUUCCUCUGUGGAGACGUCAGCAUAAUGGGCAUCUUCUGAUCGACCACUUACCUUCCAACCAGCAGAGCAUGCCUGCCUCAUAUACGCCAUGAACAACUUUUGUCUCUGUUUUGUAAAUAACCUGUUUUCUUUCUGUCCAAUUUUUGUAUAAUUGUAAACUCUGAAUAAAGAAUAUUUGCAUAUGUGAA